CCUUGACUGCAAGACCGGAAGGGCCGUCUCCUCCCGUCUCCUCCCCUUCCGGCUCACUUCCGGACCCCUGUGCCCGAGCCCACAGACCGGAAAGUUCGCUUUCUAACCAGGAUCUACUCCUCUGUGUUGAAACCCCGGCUCCACCAAAAUGCCGGCCUACCACUCUUCCCUCAUGGACCCUGACACCAAACUCAUUGGAAAUAUGGCGCUGCUACCUAUCAGGAGUCAGUUCAAAGGACCCGCCCCUAGAGAGACAAAAGAUACAGAUAUUGUGGAUGAAGCCAUCUAUUACUUCAAGGCCAAUGUAUUCUUCAAAAACUAUGAAAUUAAGAAUGAAGCUGACAGGACUUUGAUAUAUAUAACUCUGUACAUUUCUGAGUGUCUAAAGAAACUCCAAAAGUGCAAUUCCAAAAGCCAAGGAGAGAAAGAAAUGUAUACACUGGGAAUCACUAAUUUUCCCAUUCCUGGAGAGCCUGGUUUUCCACUAAAUGCAAUUUAUGCCAAACCUGCAAACAAACAGGAAGAUGAGGUGAUGAGAGCCUAUCUGCAGCAGCUAAGGCAAGAGACUGGACUGAGACUUUGUGAAAAAGUUUUUGAUCCUCAGAAUGAUAAACCCAGCAAGUGGUGGACCUGUUUUGUGAAGAGACAGUUCAUGAAUAAGAGUCUGUCAGGACCCGGGCAGUGAAAAGCACCUGGCCGCCACUGUCUCCAGAGUCCGGGCGGCGUUUUACAGCAGGAUGUGCACAAUCCUUUGCCUUUGUUUCGUAAAGUUUCACACAGAGCAAGAUGGGAGCCUGUCUAAUGGAAAAGCUCUUGAUCAACAGUUCGGGUAUGGGAGGGGAAGUGGGUUAUCCAAGGGUGAUUCAAAAAUUUCUGCAGUAUUAAGCUGGUGCUUAAUAAUAAUAAUAAUUAAUAAAUUUCUAAUAACUUUA